AGUUUCCUUUUUCCUAUUAGCUCAGCAAAAGUUAAAGGGAUGCUAAAGGCAAAAGAGACAAAGUAAGAUGGUUAGCUCAACUAGGAAGGAGUCAUACACUUCUAUUGAAAUUCCAAAGCAGAGCUUCUCUUCUUCUUCUCCCAUGGAUUUUCUUCCACAGCUGUUUCUUUUACUUGCCAUCUUCACUCCAUCAAUAGUGUGCCAAGUUUCAGAGUUCAUGAGUAUUGACUGUGGAGGCAGCAGUAAUUACACCGACCCAAAAACCGGCUUAGCAUGGAUUUCAGACAGUGGGAGGCAAGGAAAAGCAGAGAAAGUAAACACCAUAAUCAAUGGGAGCACACAGCAAUACCAGACAAGGAGAGAAUUCCCAGCAGACAACAAGAAAUACUGUUACAGUUUGAGCACCAAAGAGAGAAGGAGAUAUAUUGUGAGAGCAACUUUUGUGUAUGGGACAAGUACUACAGAUGGGGGGAUUUACCCAAAAUUUCAGCUUUACCUGGAUGCAACAAAGUGGGGGACUAUAACUAUUCAAGAGUCUUCAAGGAUAUAUGUGAAGGAAAUGGUGAUAAGGGCUCCCUCAAAGUGUGUGGAUGUGUGUGUGUGCUGUGCAACCACAGGGUCCCCCUUCAUUUCUACUCUUGAGCUCCGCCCUUUGAACUUGUCCAUGUAUGCCACGGAUUAUGAAGAUAAUUUCUACCUCAAAUUGGCUGCAAGAGUCAAUUUUGGAGCUCAAUCUACGGAUGCAAUAAGGUACCCUGAUGAUCCUUACGACCGUAUAUGGGAUUCUGAUAUAGACAAAAGGCCAAACUUUUUGGUAGGGAUGGCACCAGGCACAGAAAGAAUCAACACCACUAAACACAUAGACACAAACACAAGAGAGUAUCCACCUGUUAAAGUAAUGCAAACCGGUGUAGUUGGGACUAGAGGAAGGUUAAACUACAGACUAAAUCUGGAAGACUUCCCGGCCAAUGCCCGCGCCUAUGCUUACUUUGCUGAGAUUCAAGAUUUGAGGGCGAACGAAACCAGGAAGUUUAAAAUGCAGGAGCCAUAUGUUGCGGAUUACAGCAAUGCUGUGGUGAACAUUGCUGAGAAUGCAAAUGGGAGUUACACUCUAUAUGAGCCUAGCUACAUGAAUGUCACUUUGAACUUUGUUCUGUCAUUCUCCUUUGUGAAGACCCGCGAUUCUACUCGAGGGCCGCUGUUAAAUGCAAUGGAAAUAAGCAGAUAUGUGAAGAUUGGUGCUAAGACAGAUGAACAAGAUGUGGAUGCUCUGAAAGCCCUGCGUUCCAUGUCAGUGGGAAGUGGCUGGACUGAAGAAGGUGGUGAUCCUUGCGUGCCCACACAAUGGGAAUGGGUGAAUUGCAGCACAACAAUGCCUCCAAGAAUCACCAAAAUUGUACUAUCAGGAAAGAAUGUGAAGGGUGAAAUUCCACAUGAACUCAAUAACAUGGAAGGUUUGACAGAGUUGUGGUUGGAUGGGAACUCCCUCACUGGAUUAAUCCCUGACAUGAGCAAUCUUAUCAAUUUGGAAAUUUUACAUUUAGAGAACAACAACCUCACUGGUGCACUACCUGCUUACCUAGGAAGUAUGCCAAGACUACAGGAACUAGAUGUGCGGCACAAUAGCUUAAUUGGAGAAAUACCUUUACCAUUGCUAACAGGAAAAGUUACCUUCAGGUAUGAAGGCAAUUCUCAGCUCAGACAUGGAUCAAAGAACAAGUCACACAACAAACUGAUAAUUGGAGUUUCAGUUGGAUUGGUUGCGGUUCUUUUCAUUCUAUUCAUAGCUAGUGUGCUAUCAUUGCGUUACUUUAGAACAAAAGCAUCUAGUCAAAGAACUGAUGCCAAAGGUAAUUCUUUGCGCACCAGCACAAAACCUUCAACUAAUUAUUCAAUUGGUCGGGGUGGAUCUUUAAUGGAUGAAGGUGUAGCAUGCUAUAUUUCACUUGGUGACAUACAACAAUCAACAGAGAAUUUUUCAAAGAGAAUUGGGAAGGGAAGCUUUGGGCCUGUGUACCAUGGAAAAUUAAGGGAUGGGAAGGAAAUAGCAGUCAAAGUCAUGGCAGAUUCAUCAAGUCAUGGAACACAACAAUUUUUCACAGAGGUUGCACUCUUAUCAAGGAUCCAUCAUAGAAACUUGGUGCCUUUAAUCGGAUACUAUGAGGAUGAGCAUCAAUGCAUGCUAGUUUAUGAAUAUAUGCAUAAUGGAACAUUGAGGGACCAUAUACAUGACCCCAGCAAUCAAAAGUACCUGGAUUGGCUAGAACGCCUGCGCAUUGCAGAAGAUGCAGCAAAAGGCCUCGAGUACCUGCACACGGGAUGCAACCCUAGUAUCAUUCAUCGAGAUGUUAAAACCAGCAAUAUUCUCCUAGAUAUCAAUAUGCGAGCAAAAGUAUCUGAUUUUGGACUCUCUAGGCAAGCUGAAGAAGACAUAACACAUAUAUCAAGUGUGGCACGAGGAACUGUUGGCUACCUAGAUCCUGAGUACUAUGCAUAUCAGCAAUUAACAGAAAAAAGUGACGUCUAUAGUUUCGGAGUUGUGCUUUUGGAAUUGAUUACUGGAAGAAAGCCCAUCUCAAGUGAGCUAUACGGAGCUGACUGGAGCAUUGUUCAUUGGGUAAGGUCACAGAUUCGCAAAGGCGACAUUGUUAGUGUGAUAGACCCUAGACUGGCCGGAAAAGUGAAAGUUGAAUCGGUGUGGAAGAUAGCAGAAGUGGCAAUUCAAUGUGUUGAAAGGCAUGGGUACUCGAGGCCAAGAAUGCAGGAAAUCAUAAUGGCUAUACAGGAUGCAAUCAAAAUUGAAAGGGGAAUUGACAAAUCAUCCUCUGCUGAGAGUUCAAGGACGCAAUCUUCAAGAAAAACACUCUUAACCAGCUUUCUAGAUGCCCAAAGCCCAGACAUCUCUAAUGGAUCACUAAUCCCUUCUGCUAGAUGAUCUCAUCAUCACCCUUUAAUACUUUUCUUAACUUCAUCACAAUCUAAGCCUGCUAACAAAUUUUAUAUUAAUUAGCCUUCUAGAUGCCCAAUAGCUAGCUCACGUGUUAUCACAGCAGUUACACCAUCAGUACUAUAUAGUGUGGAACUUCAAUAUAAUAUCCUUACAUUUUAUAUUAACUACCAUCAUAUCCGGCCUUGAGAAUUAAA